AUGGCGAAGGUGAACUUUGGCGAAAGCCCCCCUGCCUACGAAUUUGACUCGACUACAGUGGGGAACUUUUCUCGGUUCCGCGAGACUAUGGUCAACGAGCUUAACAAAAUGGGUAGUCAAUUGGAUACACCAAACGAAGGCUCAAGGACCGCGGCUUUUCAAUCCGUCGUUAACCGGCUACCCAAUAUAGUAGAUGGAUUGAAGUUUUAUCGUAUCCAGCUGGAGUCAAAUAUUAUAGAACAGUAUGCACCGCGCAGCAAAUCGUCUGCAAUUUAUCUCGCCCUGGCAGCCACUGGCAGGUCCUUCGAAUAUGUCAUAUGA